CAUAAGGGUUUCUCUGCCUGGUGAGGCAUUCACAGCCCAGCGCUCAUGUGGUAACAUCCAGCUUUGCUUGGCACCACCUUCGAAGUGGCCUGUAGAGAUCUGACAGAGAGAGCAUUUAUCCCUGAGACACGCAAGAGCCUUUACCAGUACAAGAGUAGCAGGUGAGCAAGCAGACAGUAACUAACUUAACACUUUCAACUUCACUGACAUGGCAGCAAUGGAAGCACUGGAGUGUUCAAGUGCUCAGCUGGAGCCACAAUCCCUCACUGAGAUCUCAGACGACGAGCUUCACAUCCCACCGUCAGAAGAUGAAGAUGAUGGCCUGACCGCAGCAAGAAAAGGUCUGACCAACAUGGCCAACGAAGAAGAGGCCGCCAAAGACAACAACGACCAUCAGGUCAACGGGGUGGUCGUGCUGUCUUUGCUCGACAAGAUCAUCGGCGCUGUGGACCAAAUCCAGCAGACCCAGAGCGGGCUGGAGGCCCGGCAGCAGGAGAUGGAGAACUCGGUGAGCAACAUCCAGAGCGAGCUCACCAAGCUGUCCAAGAGCCACAGCACCACAUCCAACAGCGUCAAUAAGAUGAUGGAGAAGGUGAACAAGGUGAGCGCCAACGUCAAGACCGUGCGAGCCAACCUGGAGAAGCAAGGGGGACAAAUCAAGAGGCUGGAGAAUAACGAGGCCGAGCUGCUAAAAAGGCGCAACUUUAAAGUCAUGCUCUACCAGGAUGAAGUCAAGAUUCCUUCCAAACUCAACGUUUCCAAGUCUAUGCGGAUCUCUGGGUCUGUGUCAGGAAGCAGAGGAGGGAGUGUGCUGGAGCUAAAGGAGGCUAUGGAGGGCGAGGAUGCGGAAGAGGGAGAGAAAGAAAACAAACCCAAUGUAGAACUUUCCUCUGAUGAGGAAGAAGUGGACAUUGAGGACGUCCUUAUGGAAACCCGUGCUGAACGUAUCAAGCGUAGCAGCCUGCAGCGUGUACAAACCCUCAAGACCGUCUUCUCCAAGGAAAAGAUGGACAAGACUAGGGCAAAGACCAUGGAGAACCUAGAGAAGACCAAACAGAAAACCAGGGAUAACCUGGAGAAGACAAAGCAGAAAACCAGGGAUAACUUAGAGAAGACAAAGCAGAAGACUAAAGCGAACCUGGAGAAGACCCGCCACAACAUUGAGAAGAAGAUGGGAAAGCUUGGAACACGUAUGAGCGUCAAUCCUGAACACAAGCAGAAGAUUCAGACGUCCCGUGACAAGGUGAAGAAAGCCUUCACACCAGACCAUGUCGUUUACGCCCGCUCCAAGACUAACGUGUACACGGUGCCCCCUUUCACCUUCCACGUCAAGAAAAUCCGUGACGGCGCCGUCGAGGUCGUGCAAGGCACCGAGAUGGUGGAGGUCUCCCAGGAUGCUGUAGAUGAAGAGGCUGAGGGAGGAGCAGUGGAAGUCGAGAUGGAGAUGAUGAAUGGUAGAGGGGAUGAUGAAGAUGAAGACGAAGACGAGGACGGCCAAGAUGUCCUGGAAGACAAUGAGGAUAAAGACAGAGACAGCGACUAGAUAAAGAAGCAGGCAUCCUUUGCAUCGAAAAUCCAGACAUCUGAGUUUGUUCAAUGUAACUUACAGGAACGACAGCCAAAACUACAAAAUAGUUCAUUAUCUAGGUAAUAUACAUUGUGCCUUACCAAACACAGGUCACAAUAUUAGUGAAGUUGAUGAUAAUCCAUGCAUAUUUACAAGAGUGCUUCAUAGGUUGCUUUCAGGACUUAAUAGUUGAAUGGAUGCUGAAGACAAAUAUCAAAAACAGGAGAUAGAAGACAGGAAAGAUGUUACAACGGAUAGCAAUAGAAGGGAAUUUAAACGAAAGCAUCAAAUUUGUUAAUUUUCAGAUUCCAUUACCUACUGCAGGGGUGACCAAAGAGGGGACGGCGUGCCAAAUUUGGCCCAGUCUUUCUUUUGGCUUCCCAAAUGUAACACAUUUUCAUGCUGACCUCUUACAAGCUCACACAAUCAUUGAUGAAACAUGCAAGGCUAACUCGUUGGCAUCAAUCGAAUGGCGGAAUGAGACUAAACUCCUUCGUGGUGCUGCUGUACACUUAAAAUCGCUGUGUUUGGCCCCAUUGGCCACAUUUUCACUUAAGCCUUUGGAAGGGAAAGGUUUGGGCACUCGUUACCAAGUGAGUGUAGCAAGGCGGAAAUAACAAUGAAUAUAAUCAGUGAUAACUUUCAUAUAGAAAAAAGUGCUGCAAAUCCACAAUGAGAAAAUGAUAGACAUUGUUUUGCAAAUACAUAUAAAUAAAUUGUCUUAAGGAUACCGUAGCUAUGACAGAAAUUUUCAUUGAACCCUUACGUUAUCCAGCAGUUGUGUACAACUACCAUGUCAACAGAUGGAAUGAUAGAAAUUCAGAGUGAAAGGUAAUGAGCUCACACAAUAUGGUGCAAUAUGUUUUACAUAGUAGGACAAGACUUAAACAUGGAGUUAUUGUCUCUUUUGGUUGUUAAUUUUCCCUCUCCCUAAAUGUUCUGAAUUCCUAAUUUCAGGUGAGUGUGUUAAGAGGAAAAUGUUACACCAUCGUGGAGGUGUGUGGGAUUUUUGCCAUCAUGUUGUACGUGUUUAGACCAAAACGAGUUGAAACUGAAACAGCCGAGUAAAACGACAUUUUGCCUGAAUUAUCAACUCUUCAAAUAUUCAUUUGAUGCCAGAUUUUCUGACAGUGUUUCCAAAGAUCAAAGGUAAUCUAAUGGCUACAGGUUUGUCGUGUUUCACUUUCAAAAAUGUUUAGGUUUUUUGUAUUCAAUUUCUUUGUCAUAGUGUUUCAUAAUCAAGAUUAGGAGCACCGAUCAAUCUCCAUAGACCAAGUUUAGACUAUUCAGACUAUUUUGUCCUUAGGAGCCUGGUAGACACAUGAAUGUGGUGCAAAGGAAGAUUGUGCAACACUGCUGCAUGCUACUGUCUAUCUAUGCUCAAUCAUUUUGCAAUGGUUUGUCUGCUCCAUUACAACAGUGCAGUUCAACACAGCAUUCCAAGUGUUAAUUCAAGCAUUUCAGUAAAAAAAAUGUACAUUAAAAAGUUCCAAUAUUGUCAAUGUAUUUGUUUGACCAAGGUUUAUCAGUGUAUUUGAUUUGUCCGCCACUGGUAGAUCUACUAUACAGUGCAGCAUGUAUUGUAUCCUACAAGUGCCUUGUGAGAUCUAAAUCUGUAAGUCUUUCAAUACUGAAUGUUCUGCUAUGACUGCAUUAUUUUUUUUAGCAUAUUAGCUAUAAAGGUCUAUCCACCAACGAGUCUCUAAACAACUCAGACUUGAAGUGGGGAUGGUGUGAUGUAGUAGUACACUAGACUGGGGAGGUAAACACAAUUUAUCCUGGAAAUGUUAUUAAAUGGCAGGUUCUGCAGUUAUUUGCAUUGUUAAAGUUUAUUUCCAGCACAGACACAUCAGUUUGAUAUUUUUGUAAAUAACUACAAUGCAGCUCAUAAUGCAUAAACAUUUUAAUUAUCAGAGAACAUAUGCAUUCUGCUGCCUGCACAUACUGCAUUUAGUAUAGUUUAUUGAGCCUAAAUUGACACUCUUGUAACAGAGUAUAUGAUAUUAUUUCUUUAUUGAUGCACAAUUCUCUAAGUGGUUUAUGCUCUCACUUCAAAGUUGCCUAACAUUGUUGUAAUUGAUCAUUGUAAAUUUUUUCAUUGCCUAACCACUAACGAUUUAAUCAAUAAAAGCUAUUUGGUUCACAA